CACCGUUCAGUUAGCUUAGUUUCGAAGGUGCAUUCAAUGGCGGACGCGUACUUCUCCUUGUUCUCCCUCGUCAUUCUCCUUCCCCUCGCUCUUCUCGCCUUCCUCUACUUCCUUGUGCGGCCCCGCCCCGUCAAGAUCCCAAUCAAAAACCGCCACGUGUUCAUCACCGGCGGAUCCAGCGGCAUCGGCCUCGCCCUCGCCCACCGCGCUGCGGCGGAGGGCGCUCGCGUCUCCAUCCUCGCGCGGUCGGUGGACAAGCUCGAGGAGGCCAAGAACGCCAUCCGCCUCGCCACCGGCAUCGAUGUGGCGGUGUUCGCCGCCGACGUGCGCGAUUACGAGGCGGUGAAGCGUGCAGUCGAGGAGGCGGGGCCAAUCGACGUGCUGCUCCUGAACCACGGGGUUUUCAUGGCGCUGGAGCUGGAGAAGCAGGAAUUGAGUGAGGUCAAGUUCACGAUGGACGUGAAUUUGAUGGGGAGCUUCAACAUGAUCAAGGCUGCGUUGCCCGCAAUGAGGAACAGGAAGGACCCGCUACCCGCUUCCAUUGCUUUUGUUUCCUCUCAGGCCGGUCAGGUGGGAAUUUAUGGUUACGUAGCUUAUUCCGCCAGUAAAUUUGGCCUCCGUGGUUUAGCAGAAGCAUUGCAACAAGAGGUUAUAGCAGAUAAUAUUCAUGUCUCGCUGAUUUUUCCUCCAGACACAGAUACUCCUGGAUUUUUAGAAGAAAACAAGAGAAAACCAGAGCUCACCAAAAUCAUUGCAGCCUCUUCUGGUGCUAUGAAACCUGAGGAAGUUGCUCAGAAAGCUUUUAAUGGCAUAAAAUGUGGCAGUUUUCUCAUUUCAUGCAAUUUGGAAGGAUUUGCACUAUCCCUAGCAACUGCUGGUUUAUCCCCUCAGAGAUCAUUCUUAAUGGCAUUUGUUGAGGUUGUUGCAGCUGGUAUACUACGUAUUGCAGCACUAUGUAUCCAGUGGACUUGGUAUGGAAGUAUAGAGAAGUGGCACAGCCAAAGAAAGGGUAUACCCCAAAGGAGCUGAAACACUCUUGAGUUCUAUGCCCUGUUUUAGGAGAGUUAUAUGCAGAUACUGGGAUGUCGUUUUCUUCCACUCUGUUUUAGUUGAGAUUAAUAUAGGGAAAUUUUGAAUGAUUGUUAACAAAUGAGAACUACAUAAACAUCAAGUUGUUCAAGUUUGUCGUUUCCUUUGUGCUUGGUAGAGAAAGUAUAAAAUGAAAAUAAGGUGCAUCUCGUUUUCAACUAUCAAUUUUGUUGUGUUAAGCAAAUGAAAUGAUUAGCAAUUUAGUAUCAUAAAUUUUGAACCGUUCAUUUU